AUGGCCCUCCCCGCCCGGAUGGAGCGACUCAGUGAUGAGAACGAGCAGAAAUUCCUGGGUACAGCCAGCAUUAGAUUCGAGGCUCUCGACUUCUCUACCUGCAGAGAGGGGAUUCUCGGCGGCGACGAGCCUGAUUGGGACUAUGUUGAUUGCUUGAAGGAGACGAUUCGGGGCGGAUGCAGCUGGUCUCCCGGUCAAAUUUCGGCGUUGAUUGACCGUCGUCAAUUUGAAGAGGCUCUUCAACAUAAAAGAAUUGACGGAGAUACGCUCAACUUCGAUGCGGGUACUCGCGUCGAGUGCCUCGGAGGGUUGCACGAAUAUCUUGCCGCCGAUGCGGUAUUAGCAAACGAGCACAAGCGCUGGCGCAUUUGGCUUUACUCAUCAGAUCUUAGCGAAGACGCGAAGAGUGACUUGAUUGACGAACAUAUAAACACAAGGCAGAUCAGCGAUGCAGAGUUUUUCUAUAGAAGCAGCCUACAUUGGCGGAAUCACAGACACGAUAUUCCACCACCUCCCAACAAGUGGCUGGCUAUCCUAGCUCGCAGAUCGAAGGGCAAAGCGGCAGAGAUCAAACGACUCUUGAGCGAUAGUGAUCCUUUUAUGGUAAUCUUUGAAACGUUUCACGAAGUUCCUGCGUUGUUUUGGGGUUUCAGGAUUGGGCAAGUGGGCAAGAUGAAAGCCUCACUAUGCCGGCCAGAAUUGCUGUCGUAUUUACUGCGAAUAAAAUCAUUCUGGUCCAACAUAUGUCUGGGAGAUCCACACCAAAUCAAGAACAUUGAUGUGGCGACAGUAAAAAAGUGUAGCGGCAAAGCCCCAAGAGCCAAGAUCGAACAUAAGAAAUUACUUCAAGGUCUCUUCGAUAGUCGAACGAUACUAGGAAAGUUCGGCGACGAACAGCGGGAUAAGAUUUGGGAAGAAUUGUGCAAGGCUACCGAGGAUCGAUUAGUGCCGACACUGGAGGGUUUCUUUGGAAAUCUCGAGUAUUUAAGACAAGUUACCGGCUGCUUGAGGAGGCUUAUCGAUAUUAAAGAGAGCCCGCCGCAAAUUGGCUCCAAAUUUCGAAAAAGCAUGGAAGACGAGUACUUGCUCCAAGUAUCCGAGAACCACUACAAGCUGGUUCGAAAUGGAGACGUUAACCAGUUCGAACUAGCCUACAGACAUCUCUUACUCUUCGCCUUCCGCGAGUUCCCAGCCAUGCCGUGGCAAGCAAAGAAGAAACUAGCGGGAGCAGAAAACACUACGGAUCCAAUGAUUCUGUUCAAAUUUGCCAUACUAGCCCAUAAGCUGGGCGUUCGAUCUGACGAGAUUGGCGACAUCCUUCGCCAAAGACCCCAAGCUCUGGCGUUCGGGCAGCCUGAUAGUCGCAGUCCUCCAGGUAUAAUUUCGGAUCCUGCCGUUUAUGGAAAACCUACACCUUGCGAUCUGGCCCAAUACAAAGGUUCGAUAUUUCUACCCGGCUUGCAUGGGCCUGCCACCGGGCAAAAGUUAGACUUUGACUAUUUCUUUGUCCAGCGCUCACUCUACCUUGACUUGAUGCAUCUCUUCCCACUUAACGGCAUCGAAACUUUGUUAGACUCUGCCGUUUCCGAAAUCGAGUAUCACCUUCUUGACGGCGCCUUUCAACCAAACACAGAAGACGAGGAUGUACAAGAAGCUGAGCGGACACUAUCACAGCUCCAGGAAGAGGCCAGGCGGUUGAAGAACAACAUAGAAAGUCAAGAAGCGGAAAAACGCGUCCUUGAGCUGAAAGUUGAAUCACUUCGUCGGCAGGCUGAACAAGAAGGGAAGAAGCUCGAGAGCGCCAAAAGAGAAGCUGAAACAGAGCUCGCAGAACUAUCUGAGACGCGACAAAAGAAACGAGACCUCGAAUCCGAGUUUCGUCGACUGACCCAACAAGCCAAGGAGUUGGUAAGUUAG